GAGUGAUUUCAUAAGUUAUUUACGCCUGCCGGCUGUGUAAAAACGUUGCUUUGUUCCGCUAUUUUGAAUGGAAGCCAAUGGAAGCGCUGCUUUUUUAUCCCCCGAAAAGGGGCGGUGACGAAAUUUACAGUCAAGUUCCCGGAUGUGCCGGUAGUCCGUAUUGGCUAUGUUGGUUUACUAGACUAAAUGACAGGGUUGUAUUUGUUUUAAAAACGGACGGUUGAUGGACGACAUGGAUGCGUAAUUAUCUAACAAUUUAAAUGCUAAUUAUUAAACCAUAAUCUGUUAUAAAAAGAUUUUGUACAUAUUUUUGAAUUACUUAGUCGAUGCAUUAAGUCACAUAUUCUCUUGUUUCAGACAUCCUGAGCAUCGUGAGCUUUUGGAACACAUAUCUGGUCAGUUAAACGGAAUAAUCACUGUACUUCUGCAAAGACCCCAAGAAACUGAUUAUAUGUAUUUUCGGCUGGAAAGUGUUGUUCAAGUUGUUCAUCGUUUAGCUGCGGUUAUAUCGGUGCCGAGAGAGGGUGAAAUUUUUGAUUUACUGAACAGCAGUUUGGAGCUUUUAGCACCAGAUACUUUUGGUUUAGGCCUAAACUUUGAUAGGUGUGGACAAAUGUUAGUAGGAAAAGAACAACUACAAUAUUUAUUGGAACAACGUUUUAAAGUACAUGAGAUGGCAAGGAUGUAUGGAGUAUCCUAUUCAACCAUUAGGAGGUGGAUGAAGGCGUACAAACUUUCCGUACGACAAACAUAUUCCGAUAUCAGUUCGGAAAAUUUAAAAGAAUGCAUCCAGAACUUUAUUGGAGAAAACCCAAACUGUGGAUACAGGAUUGUGGAUGGCCACCUGAGGUCCUUAGGCAUAAGGGUUACACGUAAUCGGAUAAUGGAAGCAAUGAGGCAAGUUGAUCCUGUGGGGACAGUGUUGCGUGGCUUGGACCUACAGAUUACACCAAGGCGGUCAUAUUCUGUGCCAGGUCCUUUGUCUUUGUGGCACAUCGAUGGCAACCACAAACUUGUUCGGUGGAGAAUUGUUGUCCAUGGAGGCAUUGAUGGCUUCAGUAGGAAGAUCAUGUACCUAAGGGGCAAUAGCAACAAUAGGGCCGCAACUGUUCUAGACUGCUUUCUUGGAGCAGUCCGUGAACAUGGUCUUCCUCAAAGAGUGAGAAGUGAUAAAGGCGGUGAAAAUCAGGACGUUGCCAGGUAUAUGCUGGAGCAUCCAGAAAGAGGACCUGAAUUGAACAGCUUUAUCACUGGAAAAAGUGUCCAUAAUCAGCGAAUUGAACGGUUGUGGCGUGAUGUGUGGUGCUGUGUCCUGUGUAACUAUUAUGCCGCCUUUCGACAUCUCGAAGAACUUUUGCAGCUGGAUCCUGAUCAGGACCUUCACUUGAUCUGCCUUCACUAUGUGAUGCUACCAAGGUUGAACCAUCAUCUUCAGUUAUUUAUGAGGACAUGGGACAACCAUUCCCUUUCCACUGAAGGGAACAGGUCACCGAAUCAGCUGUGGUUAGCUGGCCAAAUUAUGGGUCCUCAGCAAAUUCAGAACACUGAGAAUUCAAUCACAUUUGGAAUUGACUGGGAUGCACCUGUUGCAGUUCCAGAUGCUAUCCAUGAAGUCCAUGUUCCUGAACCGCCACUUUCUCUACAGGAUGCAAUUGAGACUCACUUACGCCAAACCAUUGACCCAUUUAUGAGCAGUGAUGUCUUUGGCAUUGACAUUUACAUUCAGUGCCUAAGUUCAGCCCAGACUUACUUGGCAGAAAACUUGUAGAAAGCUUGUAAUGUGUGUGUGUGUGUGUGUGUGUGUGUGUGCGUGCGUGUGUGCGUGCGUGUGUGUGUGUGUGUGCGCGCGCGCGUGCGUGUUUGUGUGUGUGUGUGUGUGUAUGUGUACAAAUAUAUUAACAUUUGCACUAUAGUAUUGCAAACAUGUUAAAUAUAAAUGACUGGCAUAACUUUUUUAUUUAGAUUUAACAUGUUUGCAAUACUGUAUUGCAAGUAUUAAAAGAAAUGUCUAUGAAUAUGUUUACAUUAUCUACAUUUGUACAAACACAAGCAGAUUUUCCAUCCACAAUUUAUCUACUAAAUACAUUUUAAUAAAUUUGUGCUGUUCUAUUUGUA